AUGAGUCCCACUGCUGCGUUACGGCUAGUUGAUAACGACGCGUCUUUCUACAACCCGCCCGUAGAUCCUAGCAACCGGAAGUCGAUGGAGAGCUUAGAUCCCUCAACCCUGCUCCCGGGCGCCUCAAGGGUCCUGUUCAAUGGUCAGCGCCGGCUGUAUUUCGAUCACUCGACACACCUAGAAAUCAACAUGCCGCGCGCCGCCUGGCUCGACGUGCUUAAGACGUGUCGAGUCCCGCCGACGGCGAUCGAGCUCCUGCAUGAAAAUAACGGAGGCUGCUUCCAGCACGUAUCAUACUGCAAUGAUAAUCCCCGCUCUCCUUGCGAAGCAGCCUUCUCUGACUCAACACCUUGUGCAUACCACGUCUGCUUCAAACUCUGCCAGUGGGUAUUUGAGCACUUCAUAUACGCUCGUUACGACUUCCACACAUGCACCACUUUCAUUAUGGUCGAAGGCACGACCGCCGAGCGCCAGGUCCAGCGACUUCUCGUCCAAUUCCAUGAGCAAGGCCCACGCGAUACAGAUCUUUUCGCCAUUCUCCACGCGCUGGCUUGUGUAUGGGCGGAAGAGGUCGAGCAGGAGGCUGGAGGCUCGACUUCGACACGCAGAAGUUCGAGUCGCUAA